AAAUCAAUUGACCCAUAAUAAUAAGUUAUAGACACAAAAAUAGAAAUUUUGAUGAUUGAAUUGGGCCGUAGAAACCAUUUAUAAUUGCGAGUGUAGUACUGUACUGUACUGGAGAGAGUGUUGGGAAAAUAUCUAUCUUCUAUGAAUAGAUAGAAAGAGCAUCGAAUCAUCAAAUCGCAUCACAUUGCACCAAAGAAGUGAGUUUGCUUUCAGUUUCUCAUCAAUCAUCAUCAUCACUCUCAUUUUUCUUCAACUUCUUCAACACCAACACCGUGCCGCUUAUAAAUGACUUCCACUGUUGCCUUAUGCUCAUUUGAUUUCUCUUUUUAGGGUUUCAUGUAAUCUGUUUCAUGAACAAAUUUAUUAUUAGCUCGCUCAACUUGUAAUUAUUGUUAUUAUUAUUAUUCUUCAUACUUUAUACUUUUUAGUCAAAGUUUAUAUAGCUUUGAUUUUGUUUAUCACCAUUACUGUAUAAUCAUCACUUUAUUACUAACUUUUUUUAUUUUUGCUUUUCUUACUAUUUAGUAUCUUCUUAUGUACGUUUUUAUUGGAAAACUAAAUCAUCAUAAUAAUAAAGCAUUAUUCCAUUGAAAGAAAGAAUAUACAUAAUUGUAAUAAUAUAUAUACAAAAAAAAAGAAAAGAAAAAAAGUCUAAAAAUUUCUUGAUGGGGAGCCCUGGAUUGAGCAACCGAAGUAGCGGGCAGCAACGGUGGUUAGGGAUAACAGAACCCAUAUCAUUGAGCGGACCGACUGAAUAUGAUGUCGCCAAGACCCGUGAACUCGAGAAGUACUUGCAAGACGCCGGCCUGUAUGAAAAUCAGGAGGAAGCGAUUUGUAGGGAGGAAGUGCUAGGCAGGCUUGACCAGAUUGUGAAGAUUUGGGUCAAAACCAUUAGCCGUGCAAAGGGAUUUAACGAACAAAUGGUGCAAGAAGCAAAUGCCAAGAUUUUUACUUUUGGCUCCUAUCGCCUAGGGGUACAUGGCCCUGGAGCAGAUAUUGACGUUCUUUGUGUGGGACCUAGACAUGCAACCAGAGAUGAAGAUUUCUUUGGUGAGCUACAUAAAAUGCUAUCUGAGAUGCCAGAAGUGACAGAGUUGCACCCAGUGCCUGAUGCUCAUGUUCCAGUGAUGGGUUUCAAGUUCAAUGGCGUCUCUAUGGAUCUCCUUUAUGCAAAAUUAUCUUUGUGGGUUAUUCCUGAAGACUUGGAUUUAUCACAGGAAGCAAUAUUACAAAAUACAGACGAGCAAACUGUUCGCAGUCUUAAUGGUUGUAGAGUGACUGAUCAAAUCUUGCGUUUGGUUCCAAAUAUUCAGAAUUUUCGCACGACAUUGAGAUGCAUGAAGUUAUGGGCUAAGCGUCGUGGCGUUUAUUCAAAUGUUGCAGGUUUUCUUGGUGGUAUAAACUGGGCAUUGCUGGUUGCUCGAAUAUGCCAGCUAUAUCCGAAUGCACUGCCUAGUAUGUUGGUGUCACGAUUCUUUAGGGUAUAUACUCAGUGGCAUUGGCCAAACCCAGUAAUGCUUUGUGCUAUUGAAGAAGGAUCGCUUGGACUUCAAGUUUGGAAUCCUAGAAGAAAUCCCAAGGAUAAAUAUCAUAUAAUGCCGAUAAUUACUCCUGCUUAUCCUUGCAUGAAUUCUAGCUACAAUGUGUCGUCAAGUACAUUGCGUAUUAUGACAGAGGAGUUUCAGAGGGGACAUGAAAUAUGUGAGGCCAUGGAGGCUAACACCGCUGAUUGGGAUACUCUUUUUGAGCCCUAUCCAUUUUUUGAAGCUCAUAAGAAUUAUUUGUGGAUAGACAUUUCCGCAGAGAAUGCUGAUGAUCUUAGAAACUGGAAAGGCUGGGUUAAGUCUCGCAUGCGGCAGUUGACAUUGAAGAUUGAGAGGGACACUUUUGGCAUGCUUCAGUGUCAUCCACAUCCUGAUGAUUUUUCAGAUAAAUCUAAACAUCUACACUGUUCUUACUUCAUGGGUCUGCAACGUAAGCAAGGAGUUCCUACCACUGAAGGCGAACAAUUUGAUUUAAGACUAGCUGUUGAUGAAUUUAAGCAUACUGUUGGUAUGUACAAUCAAUGGAAACCUGGAAUGGAUAUCUCUGUGUCCCAUGUGAAACGCCGCAAUAUACCUGCCUUUGUAUUUCCUAGUGGCGUUCGGCCUAACCGUCCGUCCAAAGUAACCUGGGAGAGUAAGCGAAGUUCAGAGCUUAGGAUUUCCGGCCAUGGUCAAGCAGAAAAGUCUCAACAAGGUAAAGUGGCUGCAUUAGGAGCAAAUGAUGAUAGGAAGAGAAAACAAGCAGAGGAUAGUACGGAUGACUUAAGAAAUUCCAAGGUCUUUUCAUCUUUGCCACCCUCCAGCAGGGAAGUUCUUGAAGAUGGAAAUCCUGUCAGCAUUGCUAGUUCUUGCUCUGUGAAAUGUGAUGACACAGAAGUCAACAGUAUGAGUGAACAAAAGAGUGAGAAACCUGAUUUGAAUUAUUCUGGGGAGUAUCCUUCUGUGGAUAGAGAGACCAAUGGAUCAGAAAAAAGCAACUCACAUAUUAACCCUCUACUUACUGCUACUGAUACAUCUAGUUUUAACGAAGCAGGAAAGCUAGACAUUGAGAAGAUUACGUGUGGUCCAUACGAUGCACAUCAAGUCUUGUCAGGAGAACCUGAUGAGCUUGAAGAUGAUCUUCAGUAUAGAAAUCAAAUAAAAGAUUUUGGCGGGAACCUGAAAAACGGCAACUUGGACUCUACAAACUCAGAGUCUGUAGUGGCAGCGGAACCAGUUUUUUUUCAAGAGGAAAAUAUUAGUUCAACUCAUAUAUACUCUAACGGGGGCUUGGAGGAACUUGAGCCUACUGAACUCACAGCGCCAUUGUUAAGUGGGAAUCCUGCACCAGUACCACAGCGGAAACCCCUUAUUAGGUUGAACUUCACCUCCUUGGGGAAAGCGGCUGACAGAAGUUCUUAGAGACUUGCAACUUGCAAAUUUUAGCUGCUGAUAAGCUGGGAUAUAAUUUGUAAAUGCUCUUUUUUCUGGUUACUCUUUUUUCCGAAUUGCAAUAAUGUUAAUACUGCAAGCAAGGAAGAACAUGCAGCCAUAAAUUUUCAUGUCAACUGUUGUACAUCUAAACUUCGAUAACUUAAAAAGUAUACUUUCAACCGCCUCACAUAUCUGCAAUCAUUUUCUAUUUCAAC